CUGAUGUAUGUAUUUUUAUUACUACCCAAUAUUAGAUUAAACUUUAAAUAUCUUUUACUCAGAAUUUUAUAUUUUCCUAGGUAGGUAUGAUCCAAUAGAAAUGGAGUGUAAUAACAAAACAGAAAGGGACGUAUUACUUGCAAUACAGUAACUGAAAAUUUUCCAUUCGGAAGAGUUGCAGUUUCAAACAUGAGCACAACCAAUUUUGAUAAACUGAAAGAUGCAGCUGAAGUUGGUAAUAUAGACCUCCUCUAUGCAGUAAUUCAAGCCGAUUCAUCCAUUUUGGAGAAUAUAGACUCAAAACAGUUUGUGGAAACUCCUUUACAUUUGGCCGCAUCUAGGGGGCAUGUCCAGUUUGCCAUUGAGGUUAUGAAUUUGAAACCUUCAUUUGCAUGGAAGCUAAACCCACAAGGCUUCAGCUCCAUUCAUGUAGCAAUGCAAAACGGCCAAAAGAGGAUGGUGUCUCGAUUUGUUGGCAUGAAUAAAGAUCUUGUUAGAAUUAAAGGAAGAGAAGGCUUAACUCCUCUUCAUUUUGCAAGUCAAAUAGGCGAGGUUGAUCUUUUAGCCGAAUUCAUGGCUGUUUGUCCGGAUUCCAUUGAAGACGUGAAUGUGAGGGGUGAAACUGCACUGCAUAUUGCUGUGAAAAACAAUAACUACGAGGCUCUUUAUCUUCUUGUUUACUUUCUUAGAGAAAAUACCAAGAGAGGUGCAAGGAGGUUAGAAUAUAAAAUACUAAAUUGGAAGGAUGAGGAUGACAACACCAUUUUGCACAUUUUGGUGCAAAGGGAUUUGGAGCCACAGGCACUUGGAUUGAUGUUAAAGACUAGAAUAAAUUUGAAGGCAAAGAAUUCGGAGAACAAAACUGCAUUAGAUAUGGCAGCCAAUGUAGAUAUAAGGGGUAUAUUGUUGAGAGGUGGAGCAAUAUCGAAGUCACAAAUGAUCAACAAUGCUCCCUCAUAUGCACAAAAACUAAGAUCAAAGACGACGAUUAUUGAAAACGUGUUAAUUUGGAAACGUAACAUUAGAAGUGAUAUAUCAGAGGAGCAGCGUAAUACUUGGUUGAUAGUUGCAACUCUUGUUGCAACUGCCACAUAUCAAUCAGCAUUAAGUCCCCCUGGUGGAGUUUAUCAGGUUAAUGCCAGUGAUGGAGUUUCUAGUCCAGGAAAUGCUGGGAAAUCAGUUUUGUUAAGAAAUGAAUUCUUUGUGUAUUCAUUGUUUAAUAUGCUUUCCUUUUUUGUAUCAACUAUAGCAAUAUUUAUUCUGACCCCAAAUGGGAUAAUUGGCGUUCUAGUGUCAGGUCCAGUGGGUUGGUUUGUCCUUUGCUAUAUAUUUUCUAUGGUGAGAACAUCUCCUACUCAUGCUAAUGUCAUUUUUGUUAAGAUCGUUUCCUAUUCAAUUAUGUUUGUCGCAUUGCCUUGUUGGGCUAUCAUAGUGUACUAUGGACUUCGACGGAUAAUGCUAAAGAAGCUGGGUAGAUCAUAAUUAAACCAUUGUUGCAAUAGGAAGAAACAUGAAUGAAGGUUGUGGUUGUGGGUAGGAGAUAGAUGGUACGAUAUCGACAACUCAGACGACUAUUGGUCAAAUUCAUGGGUAACUAAUAUUUUAAGUCGAUUGAAAUUUUCAUUUUUUUUUCUUUAUAUUUGUUUAA